AUGGUCUUUCGAUUGAUUCACUCAUUGAGUGUCGUUGUUGACUUGUUUUGCUAAAAUUAGUUACCACCCUACCAUACUAUUGCUUGCAUUGAAUUCCCCUUCAGUAAUGGAACCCAGCCAUGGCUCAAACUAAUAUCAGAAAACAAAACCCUUAAUAAUAAUUCUUCUUUUCGUGGGUUUGUUUGUUUCUUGUACAUAUCUCACAGCACAAAUAUAAAUAACUGAAUCAUACCCCCACCCCCACCUCUUCCCUUUUAUUUAUUUAUUUUUUUGUUUUGAAUUGAAGAGAAAUGGGCGUGUUUGGUAGAGAGGCAUGGUAAUAAAAACCUGAUACUAAUGUAAUGUGUGUGUUGUGUUGUGUCUGAUAGUGUGUUGUGUCUGUCGGCGCAAGGUCACUUUCUGUCGGCAUUGUCUGUAUCCACUAUCCAACCAUCAUGAUACUCAUACUACACUUCUCAUACAAAUAGAAUGCAAAAAAAGAAAAAAAAAAGAAGAAAUUUGUGUGAGAUUGUGUGUGUGUGUGUAAUUCUUGAUUACAGAGUGGCACUUUCUUUUCUCUUUUCUUUCUUUCUUUCUUUCUUUCUUUCCAUGCCUUUGGUCUUGGACGACUUGGAAGAGUUCUGAUCUAAAGGGUGGGUUUUUGGGGGUUGUGGUUGAUUUUGAUGCCACCCCAGAAGAACAAAAAUACCCAAAACUUUCCAAAUUUGCUUCCCUAUGUUGCUGUCUCUCUUUUGUUGAAACAUGAUUUGGUUCUUGUGAGGCUGUGGCUGUGGUUCUGGUUGUGAUUGUUCAUAUGAAGAAGGGAGAAGAGGAGGGAUAUUGGGUCAAUCUUGAUUUCCGUGAACUGGCAUUGUUCUUGUUAUACCCUUUCAAAGUUGUUUGGUGUCAUUGGUUCAAUGUAUAAUAAUAGUUCACAUAAAUUUGUACAGAGAAAGUGAAGUGUGUUUUUUUCCAGAUGUCAAGUUCUCUUGCAGCAUUAUUAGGAGGAGCUGCAGGAGCCGUGGCAUUGGCAGGGAUUGUUAUAAUACUCAUAUGGUUUUGUAUUUUUCGCAAGAGAAGCGUUUCGAGAACUUCAGAGACAGGAUCCUCUGAUCCUUCCCAAGUAGGACGACAUGGCACGAUUGAGUUGUCGAUACGAGAUACUAGGCGUUUUGAGAUGGAGGAACUAUCUGGGGCUACAAAGAGUUUCAGUGACAAGAAUUUGAUUGGAGAAGGGAAAUUCGGGGAGGUUUAUAAGGGUUUGCUUCAAGAUGGUAUGAUUGUAGCAAUCAAGAAGAGGCGUGGACUCGCGAGUCAGGAGUUUGUAGAUGAGGUACGCUAUCUCUCAUCGAUUCACCAUCGGAAUCUCGUAACUCUUUUAGGCUACUGCCAGGAAAACAACCUGCAGUUUCUUAUAUACGAAUAUGUGCCUAAUGGAAGCGUCUCCAGUCACUUGUAUGGCGCCAAUCAACAAUCGCGAGAGAAGCUAGAAUUCAAGCAUAGACUUUCAAUAGCUCAAGGUGCAGCUAAAGGUUUGGCUCAUCUUCACUCCUUGAGCCCCCGUUUGGUGCACAAGGAUUUCAAAACAGCGAAUGUACUUGUCGACGAAAACUUCAUUGCUAAGGUUGCCGACGCAGGACUUCGUAAUUUUUUGGGGAGAGUUGAGAUUGCAGGACCAUCCUCUCUAGUAGCCGCAGAUGAGAUAUUUCUUGCACCCGAGGUGAGAGAAUUCAGACGGUUUUCGGAAAAGAGCGAUGUAUACAGCUUUGGAGUAUUUUUGCUGGAAUUGUUGAGUGGGAAGGAAGCAACAGAAUCAGCAUCUCUGGACUCCAGCUACAAUCUAGUUGAAUGGGUGCAAAAUAAUGAAGACCAUGGCAUGAUGUCUAACAUAAUUGAUCAAAGAUUGGGAAGCACUUUCACUGCUGAAGGAAUGGAAGAAUUCAUAAUGCUGAUGACAAGGUGUUUAGAAUCUUCAAGUGAGAGAAGACCAGGCAUGAGUUAUGUGGUGAUGGAACUUGACAGAAUACUUGAGAAAGAAGUGAACUUGACAACAAUCAUGGGUGAAGCCACCCCAACAGUUACCCUUGGAAGCCAAUUAUUCAGACCAACAACAACAUAAAAAUAAAAAAUAAGAAAAUAAAAGAAGGUAUUUGUUGUCACAAAAUUGCAUUGUUAUUAUUAUUACUAUUAUAUUUUUGUGAAUUAUUACAUAUUUGCUUUCUCAUUAUUAUGAUUAUUAUUAUUAUUUUUCUCCCACGUGAAUAGCUUCAGAAAAUAGGACCAGCUGCUUCAUAAGUGUAUAAAGAACAGCUGUAUUCCCUCUUCCCCGUUGUUUUUUUCCUGGGUAAAUGAACAGUUGUAUUCUUUGUUUUUUCUUUCUCCCCUUAUUAUUAUUAAUUUUUUUUAUCUUCAUAAAUGUAUGAGAUAUCUUGUAAACUAUUAUUUGUUGUUAAUAUGACAGUGAA